AUGAUUUCUUCGCUCGGAAUGCGAGACCAUCCUUCUCCAUCUGUGCUGCCUUCAUCAACUAUAACCCAGUCUGCUUCUCAACACAUUCCUCCCAUGACACUGCAAAACCUACCAGUCGAAAUUCUAUGUAUGAUUAUUCGUUUUAUCGGCAGUGAUCAGCUUCGCAAACAGCCCCUCCGGCUAGAGGACCUUAAGCUCAGUGCGACCCAGUUGGUACAUACGCCCCACAAUCUCACGCUUGAUGUGCAUGGCCCUGAGGACUGGCCGGCUGAGCAGGAUAUCGCGAAAUUGGAUGAAAUACUCACUCCACUGGUUGAGCGGAACAAUCAUUUAGCAUCUUUCACUUUGCAUGUCCGUAGCCAAUUUGAUCCAGCCAGGCUGCUGACUCCUCGCCAGCGAUAUCUUUCACCAUGGGACCCGACUCGGUUUCUAAGCGUCCUGGGUACCUCCAGUCUCUCACACCUUGUCAUUGAUACCUUGAUACAUUUGGAUCAGAAAUUGAACAGCGCUAUACAUCUUUGUCCGCAGCCGGCGCUCCAGAUCCCUUCGUUGAAAUCUGUGCGCUUACGCAUGUGUAGAAUCUGUCCACAGAUUCUUGAAUUUUCACCGGCCGACAGUGCUAUGCCGUCGCAAAUUGAGAGUGUUAUCAUCAACCUCAGUAUCCCCAAUGUCGAUCAAUUCUUUGCUGGAUUCAGUCGUCACUGUACCGAGCCAAUGUUGGCGUUGGAACUAUACAAUGAGAUGAUUACGACAGGUACUGAAAUUGCAAAGCAAAUCCCACGCCUCAAAGUGGUCAAGAUUGUGUGUCUCAGAUACCCAUGCUCGGAUACGGCGACUACGAACUGUACUACUGGGAUCAAGACAAUUAUUCCUGGCACCUGGGACUGGGGCGAUGAAGUGGAUCCUGAACCUGACCCACCUUUCCUUCCCUAUUUUUCAGCAACAGAUGGCACACAGGACGAGGCUCAGACCAAGGAACAAACCUACGAUGCUGGCUCCGAGAUUGAGGGCGAAGGUGAGGACAAUACCAAUGAUAAGGGUGAAGAAAGUGGCACGUGGACAAUCUCACCAUGCACGCAUUGUCGUGAGUAUCAAUGCCGCACCGUUGCCCAAAUACCAAUUUGUCUGCAGCUACAGAGGCGUGGUGGUUAUGACCUCAAGGCUGUCGUCAGGUUGAGCUGA